AUGCAAGGUUUCGGUAAUAUAAACUCAACAAAAACCAUCAGAUAUGGACUCUUGAUUCACCUCUUUGCUGGUUUAUUAUCUCAUGCAUCCACUUACAUAUCAACACGAAUAUGCCUUACACGUAGUGGUAUUUACCUACCAACAAUAUUUGUCACUCCGAUCAUAAUCUUGAUCAUCAUUGUUGACAAUUUCUAUGGAGUUUUUCAUAUCGUAAAGUUGUCUGCCCUGUCAGGAUUAACUAUUGCUUCGUGGUUUUGUUUAGGAAUUGCAAUUUUACUUUGGUUGUUACCAUUUCUAAUGCUGGGCAUGAACCAUACACCUGUACCAAAUUCCAUACUGAAACCUUCGGAAUCGAACUUCUUAAGUUUUACUUACAACAAUAUCUUCCUCGAACAUCAUUUGCAUUUGAAUUACAAUCCGGAAGGAAUUCAUACCACACAUGGUAAGAUGAGUAAAAUGUUGACCGGGGUAUCCAAAGUGAGCAAAGUUUUUAUAUGUACAACCAUGUAUAGAGAAGCAGAAUUCGAAAUGAAGCGACUCCUGAAAAGUAUAGAAGGAUUAUCCUUGUCGAAAAAACUGUCUCAUGUCUAUAUAGAGUCCCACGUGAUUCUUGAUAAUGGUUGUAACGGAAAGGAUCUUGGAGAGUUUGCUCUGCAGCUUCUGUCGUUACUUCAAAACGAACUGAACAUUGCUCGUACAGAAGUGUAUGCAAAUCGAAUGCCUUACGGAUUGCAGCUGCAAUGGAUCUUAAAUGGUGGCGUUCCGUUUUUUCUGCACCUGAAAGACUCUCAAAAGGUGAAACCGAAAAAGCGAUGGAGUCAGGUAUUAUAUAUGAACUACAUAAUGAGUUUCCGGGUGAAAAAGGCUUACAAUUGGAUUGAGAAAAGACUGAAACGCAGCGAAAUGGAAUCGACGCCAUUCAACGCCCGGUAUUGUGUCGCUGAAAGGAAAUUCUAUGGUGUAGAUUCAUUGAGCAAGCAAAUGAAAAAACCUACAGUAAGAUCUUUACUCGUACGUUCGUUACUGAAUCAAUAUAGUGAUUCUUCGGCAGCUUCCAGCGAAGAUGAUUCAUCAGACUGGUCGGAUGAUUCAGAACUGGGUGGCAGCAUAAAGUCAUCCUCUAGCGUUCUAUUCCAACCAAAUCGCUUGAGUGUCCUCAAGAUGAACGGUAGAUUAUCAGCGAGCAACCAUUCGUCGGUGAACUCUACAUACUUGCGUGGGCUUGAAGAUUCUGUCACUCUGAGUACAAUAAUUGAUAUGGGUCGCAAUGAUGCCAGUAUUCGUAUUAAUCCAAAAAUAGAAGAAAAACCUAUUAACACAAUCAGUGGAAAUUCAAUUAAGGAUACCAAAGUAAACAUCAAGUCACCGUUCCUUCCGAGCCUUGAAGAAUUCGACAGCCGGACCUAUAUUCUAGCAACGGAUUCUGACAUGGAGUUCAAUGAUGACGCUGUGAUUGAUUUACUGAACACUUGUAAUGGUGAUCUUCGCCUCGGUGGUGCUUGUGGCCGGACACAUCCCAUCGGCGAGAAGAAUCACCCAAUUGUAUGGGUCCAAAUGUUUGAAUAUAUCAAAGAUUUCUGGAUGACAAAGACUGCUCAGAAUAUUAUUGGGUCGGUGAUGUGUUGCCCAGGAUGUUUCAGUCUGUAUAGAAUCACUGCGCUCUAUAAUUUAUUGGACGAUUAUUCUCAAGAAAGUAUGGAACCGAUGGAUGUACUUAUCAAAGACACAGGCGAGGAUCGAUGGAUGUGUACUCUUAUGAUGAUUAGAGGCUGGAAAUUAAAAUUUUGUACGUUCGCCUCGAACACGACUUACUGUCCAUAUAAAUUGGGGGAGUUCUUGAAACAACGACGACGCUGGAUGUUAUCGGAUUUGGCCAAUACAUUCCUAGUAGUAAAGCAUCUUCCUCGACUGGUGAGAUACAAUGCCCGCUUUACGGCCAUGUACAUCGUGUACAUUAUUCAGAUGUUCUUUACGGUUAUGGUUUCUCCAGGUUCCACCCUAAUAAUAAUUGUUGCUGGAUUUGACGUGCUGUUCGGAAUAACUUUUAUGGUGCCUUCAAUCUUAGUUUGUGCUACAGUUUUAGCGUAUAUGUUGGUCUGUCUGUUUGCUCCGUCGAAAACCCAAACCAAUGUCACCAUUUUCUUAACAUUCAUAUUUGGCGCUGCUCUUUCAUUGUGGUAUAAUGAUCCUGAAAUGAGACAGGUACAGUCCCUGGUACGAUUAGAAUUACCAAAUAGAGGAUUGAUUAAUCAAGUUGAAGAGGACGGUUAUAAAUACCUUGGUAUUCUAGAGCUCGACAAAAUCAUGGAGAAAGCACAACUGAGAAAAGCCCAGUGUUGCUUGCCUCUUUUAGGAACACGUUCCUUUCUGGGUGAGACUGGCCACUCUGUCUGUCACAUUGCCCCAGUUCUCGUUCACUUAGAGAUCCGGACCGAACCAGACCUCGAGCAACUUGACAGAUCCAUUCGUACAGCGCUCCACAACGCUCUCCAGGUGCCGAGCUGCAGGCCCACUGACUUCUCCUGGUUAAUCAUUGCUCCGGUCACCGCUUCGUAUCGUCUUAUGGUAGUGCUGACCAUCUCGAUUUCCGAGGUUUCCGACACUAGCACAGUGAUGUCGUCCACAUUCGUCGACACGAACCUUCCGCAUCCCAGGUCACGCGCGAUGCACCCCGAAAUCUCCAGCUUCCGCAGAAAUGACUUGAAUGCCAGAUUCCUGUCUUUUGCAGACCCAGAAACUGGAGAUCAUUACUUGAUAUUGUUUAUCGUCUUCAGUGUUUUCUAUGCCGCCAUUUUACAUCUUCACGAAAGUUGGAACAUAUUUCUUGGUCUUUUCUACAUGUUCAUGAUUCCAGCCAUGAACGUUUUGCUUCCGGUUUACGCCUUGGUCAACAUUGUUGACCAAAGCUGGGGGACAAGGGAUGGC